AAAAAUUAAAAGAAUCUAUUUAAAAAAUAAAAUAAUUUAGUAAUUUUCUUUUAAUAAAAGGUAAGAGAAAAAGUUGUCCCUCCUGAUAAGAAAAGCUGUCUGUCUUCACCAAUCUUUUGUUCGAAGUUUAAAUAAUUGCUGCAGUUCAAUAGCUAGUUGAGAAAUUGGGGGAAAUGGAAGGGGCAGUAAGGGUUCAAAUUCUUUCUCAGGGCAUUUCAGAGGUUCCGUCACAAUACAUUCAACCCCCCAAGAACCGGCCUGGAUCUGUAACUGAAAAUAUAGCUGAUUUGAGCUGCAAACAUGUUCCUGCCGUUGAUCUAUCCAGUGAAAAGGAGUCCGUCCUUCCAGCCAUUCGAGAGGCUUGUAGAGAUUGGGGAGCUUUUCAUGUUAUCAACCAUGGGGUACCUACAAAACUGUUGGAUGAUUUGAGGAGAGCCUGUUUUUCUUUUUUCAAUGAUUUCCCGAUGGAGGAUAAACUUAAAUAUGCUUGCAAUCCGAAUUUUGCUGCCUCUGAGGGAUACGGUAGUCGUUUGCUAGUAAGCUCUGAAAAUGAAACUGUUUUGGAUUGGAGGGACUAUUUUGAUCACCAUACGUUACCUCUUUCACGCCGCAAUCCUUCAGCUUGGCCUCAUUUUCCUCCCGAAUACAGGGAAUUGAUGGCCAAUUAUAGUGAUGAGAUGAAAGCGUUGGUUCAGAGACUAUUGGCAUUAAUGUCUGAGAGUUUAGGACUGAAGGCGUCCUGCAUUGAAGAUGCAGUUGGGGAGUUCUAUCAGAACAUAACAGCCAGUUAUUAUCCUCCUUGUCCGCGGCCAGAUUUGACGUUGGGCCUGCAAUCUCAUUCUGAUAUAGGUGCCAUCACGCUUCUAAUGCAGGACAAUGUUGGUGGCCUUCAAGUGCUCAAGGAUGGGGAGUGGCUCUUGGUCGAUCCCCUUCCAAAUGCCAUCCUUGUUCUUGUGGCUGACCAAACUGAGAUUAUAACUAAUGGGCAAUACAAAACCUGUGUGCACCGAGCCGUAACAAAUGCAAGCAAAGCCCGUCUCUCAAUCGCCACUUUUCAUGACCCAGCCAAGACAGUCCGAAUAUCCCCCGUCUCUGAUCUUGUGAGUAAAUCUUCCCCACCUCUGUAUUCUUCGGUUCUUUACAGAGACUACUUGUCUUCAUGGUACUCAAAUGCCCCUGAAGGAAAACGAAAUCUUGACAAGCUCCUGCUUGACACUUCAAAGUAAAUUGAAAACGCCCGUGCUCUCUGCAACUUAACCCUGUAAUCAGUUCAUGCUCUUUCAUUUCAUAACUCAAAAACAUUUUCAGCUAUUGUUCUGCACUGUAUGCAAUAAAGAAGAGGAAUAAGCACAGUCAGGUGUUAUUUCA